GUAAGACUGAGGGAAGACCAUGAUGGUGGCUACAAUGUUCACUCAUUCCGUCUUUUUAUAGAGUUUGCCAUUGAAUCAUGGAUCCAUCACUCAAGGUCAAAAGAUCGGGCCAUACCAUCACUCUCCAACCGAACGAAACUAUACUAACAGCGUUUCCCUAUUGGCCUCAUAGCUCUCUGCUGGAUUUCCUCAAAGGAGAGCCAAGAGUCUUGGGGGCUAUCCAGAUCCUGCUUGCCUUGAUCAUUAUGGGCAUUGGAACUAUAUUUGCAGUUAAUUACUUCCUUUUCUCCCAAAGAUUUCCACUUGUUUUCUGGGCAGGAUAUACAUUCUGGGGAGCAUUUAUUUUUAUUAUUACAGGAUAUUUCACAGGACUCAACUGGGAGAAAACACGUCUGAGGCAAGAAAUCAUGGCCCUGAAUGUGAUCAGUUCUUUGGCUGCAGUGACUGGGAUCACUCUCACCAUUAUCAGCUUUCAAUAUCAGCACCACUACUGCAAGAUGCCUUCCCUCGAAGGAAUUUGUGUUAUAGGUAGAGUCCUUUACAAUGGAAUUUUGUCGGUCUUACUGAUCCUCAGCAUAGCAGAGCUCAGCAUCUCUGUGACUAUAGCCUCCUUCAGAAGCAAGUGCUGGAGCAAGUCAAAUGAGAUUGUGUUUUUCUUGCCUGUGGAUAUUGCUCAAAAGAGUGAAUUAUCUGCAACGGAAGAAGAUGCUGUAAUACAAUUUGACUUUCAAGAAGAGUGUUUCAGGAAUGAAUCAAUAACAAAGACACAACCUGUUUUCUUUGGAGGCUAUACUUUCUUCAAAUUAAGAGUCUCAAAAAAUCCAUUAACCAUCCAUAAUUCAGAAAAGAGAGGCAGUAAUAAUUACUAUACAACUUCUUUAUCUGAGUCAGAUGAACAACAGAAAUAUAGCCCUCCCUCUUUAAGACCUUAUGAGAAUGAUACUGAGCAGCAACAUUUGUCUGUCAUAUUAGAGAAAAGGCCCUCAGAAGAAAUCAGACAAGCUGAACAGAUAAAUGAUGAAGAUCUACAUUUUGCUAUUGAACAACCCUCAGAAACACAAACACAAUCAAUGCAGGAUAACUCAUUGACACCCCAAGUUUUUCCAUCCUAUUCUGUAAAAAGUCUUGAAGCAUUACCAGUACCUGAUUUGUCAUCUCAAGUUCUGUUAGUAAAAGUCCCGCUAUCUGAAACCCCACCAUCCCAUGUUAAACAGUUUCAUGACCUAGAAACUGAAGAUAUGCCAUCCCAAGACAUACCAUCCUCAAAUACACAAUCCCAAGACACACAAUCCCAAGACAUGUCUUCCCAAGAUAUGCCAUCCCAAGACAUAAAAUCACAAAACAUGUCUUUCCAAGAUAUGCUUUCCCAAGUACAAGUUCUGCCACCACCACAAGCCAUGCUACUUGAAGUCCCAACAUUUUUGUCUCAUGACUUGGUAUCCGAAGAUAUGUCACCCCAAAACAUACAAUCCCAAAACACACAAUCCAAGGACAUACAAUCUCAAAACAUGCCUUCCCAAGAUAUGCUUUCCCGAGUACAAGUUCUGCCACAAUCCAUGCUACAUGAAGCCCCAACAUUCUUGUCUCAUGAUUUGGUAGCUGAAGAUAUGUCACCUCAAACCAUACAAUCCAAGGACAUACAAUCUCAAAACAUGCCUUCCCAAGAAAUGCUUUCCCGAGUACAAGUUCUGCCACAAUCCAUGCUACAUGAAGCCCCAACAUUCUUGUCUCAUGAUUUGGUAGCUGAAGAUAUGUCACCUCAAACCAUACAAUCCAAGGACAUACAAUCUCAAAACAUGCCUUCCCAAGAUAUGCUUUCCCGAGUACAAGUUCUGCCACAAUCCAUGCUACAUGAAGCCCCAACAUUCUUGUCUCAUGAUUUGGUAGCUGAAGAUAUGUCACCCCAAAACACACAAUCCAAGGACAUACAAUCUCAAAACAUGCCUUCCCAAGAUAUGCUUUCCCGAGUACAAGUUCUGCCACAAUCCAUACUACAUGAAGCCCCAACAUUCUUGUCUCAUGAUUUGGUAGCUGAAGAUAUGUCACCCCAAAACACACAAUCCAAGGACAUACAAUCUCAAAACAUGCCUUCCCAAGAUAUGCUUUCCCGAGUACAAGUUCUGCCACAAUCCAUACUACAUGAAGCCCCAACAUGCUUGUCUCAUGAUUUGGUAGCUGAAGAUAUGUCACCUCAAAACAUACAAUCCAAGGACAUACAAUCUCAAAACAUGCCUUCCCAAGAAAUGCUUUCCCGAGUACAAGUUCUGCCACAAUCCAUGCUACAUGAAGCCCCAACAUUCUUGUCUCAUGAUUUGGUAGCCGAAGAUAUGUCACCCCAAAACACACAAUCCAAGGACAUACAAUCUCAAAACAUGCCUUCCCAAGAUAUGCUUUCCCGAGUACAAGUUCUGCCACAAUCCAUGCUACAUGAAGCCCCAACAUACUUGUCUCAUGAUUUGGUAGCCGAAGAUAUGUCACCUCAAAACAUACAAUCCCAAAACAAACAAUCCAAGGACAUACAAUCUCAAAACAUGCCUUCCCAAGAUAUGCUUUCCCGAGUACAAGUUCUGCCACAAUCCAUGCUACAUGAAGCCCCAACAUUCUUGUCUCAUGACUUGGUAGCUGAAGAUAUGUCACCUCAAAACAUAAAAUCCAAAAACACACAAUCCAAGGACAUACAAUCUCAAAACGUGCCUUCCCAAGAUAUGCUUUCCCGAGUACAAGUUCUGCCACAAUCCAUACUAUAUGAAACCCCAACAUUCCAUGUCACACAGGACCUUAUAUCCGAAGCCAUGCAAAUUGAGGCCCAAACAUUCCAUGCUAUGCAGGCCAUUAAUGUAGAACACCUAGAACAGCAAUCCCUGGAUCUUCAACUCCAAAACAUACAACAUCAAGACCAGCAAUUUACACAGGUAUCAUAUCAAGACCUUCAAUCAGAAGUCAAGUUACUGACCCAAGAAUGGAAAUUUAAGGAGAAACACCACCAAAUCAGGAAAUCCACCAAGCAGAUUUCCUUCGACAUGAAUAACAAACAUCCAAGAAAGCAAUCCAUAGACUUACCAGUCCAAGACCAGCAACCCCCAAGGAAGAAAUCCUUUGACCAGCAAAUCAAAGGCUGGCUAUCCCUAAAGAGGCACUCCAUAGAUAAGCAAGAUAAGCAAGUUCAAGUUAAGCAAUUCUCAGAUCAGCAAACUCAAGUCCAGCUGGUGCAAGGAAAGCAAUCCCUAAAGCAACAAUCCCAAAACUGGCAAGGUGAAAACCAGUACGGUAAAGAGGAGAAAUCCCUUAAGAAACAAAUCCAAUUUCAACAAACUAAAGACCUGCAGGUCCAAGAGGAGAAAUCCUCAAAGCAACUAGGUGAACAUCUGCAUUCCCAAAUUCAGAAACACCAAGAUUGGCAAUCUUUAGGCCAACAAUCCCAAGACUGGGAAACUCAAGAAUGGAUAAACAAAGAUUAUAAAGCACAAGAAAGCAAAUUUGAAAUGAAACGUUCCAUAAAUUGGCAAUCCCAAUCCACACAAACUCAAGAUAUAUUAGAGAAAGAAUUCCUAACGCAGAAAGUUCUAUUCAAAGAUACCAAAGCUUUGCACGCCAUCCCUCAACAUCACCUUGAUCAGCAAUUACAAGAUAAGAACCAACAAAAACUUAGAUCCACAGCUAUCAAAAAAGAAGACAUGCAAAUAAGCACUAGACCAACAAAAUACAAUAUGCAAAUAAGCACUAUCCAAACAAAAGACAUCAAAAUGAUAGAAAUGAAAAGUCUAUGCCAAAACCCAAGUGAUGUGCUAUCAGAAGAUAUGAAGCCAGAAUUUCAUCAUUCCUCCUGCCAAAGCUCAGUACAAGAUGAAUCUUCCACCUAUGAAUGCUCAGAACAAGAUGUGCAACAAAAUACUUCAAUUAGCUCAACUUCAUACAAAGAAGAUCCAACUUUAAACUCAUGUUAUCCAAAGGAUCAACAGCAAUCUGAAGACUCUGACUAACUUGCAGAAUCUAUCCCAAUUAUGGAAUCAAAUUGGAGGAAAACAAUAUAGUCACCUUCUGUAUUCUCCAGUGUCAUUGCUAGCUUAUUCACUCACCAGAAAAUGAAGGGCAUGCAGAACAUUCAAAGAAUUUGUCCUUAAAUAAAAUAAAAUGACAACAAAUAUUAA